AUUCAGCCUCCAUCCCUCAGAUUUUUCUACUUCUCUCUCUAGAUCGUCCUUUCUCUCACUAAAAACAAGGCGUCAUAAUAAACGCCUUUGUUUCGGUUAGAUUCUCUAAUUUUGUCAAUUUUGUCAGUUUAAUUUUUUUCAGAUCUAGCGAAAAUGAGAGAAUGCAUCUCGAUUCACAUCGGUCAGGCCGGAAUUCAGGUCGGAAACGCCUGCUGGGAGCUGUACUGCCUUGAGCAUGGCAUUCAGCCUGAUGGCCAGAUGCCAAGUGACAAGACUGUUGGCGGAGGAGAUGAUGCCUUCAACACUUUCUUCAGUGAAACCGGUGCUGGAAAGCAUGUUCCCCGUGCUGUAUUUGUAGAUCUUGAGCCUACUGUUAUCGAUGAAGUCAGAACUGGAACUUACCGCCAACUCUUCCACCCUGAACAGCUCAUCAGCGGCAAAGAAGAUGCUGCCAACAACUUUGCCCGUGGUCAUUAUACCAUUGGCAAGGAGAUUGUUGAUCUGUGCUUGGACCGUAUCAGGAAGCUUGCUGAUAACUGUACUGGGCUACAAGGAUUCCUUGUUUUCAAUGCUGUUGGUGGUGGUACCGGAUCUGGUCUUGGAUCACUUCUCUUGGAGCGUUUGUCGGUUGAUUACGGAAAGAAGUCUAAGUUGGGCUUCACUGUUUACCCAUCACCUCAGGUCUCCACCUCAGUUGUUGAGCCUUACAACAGUGUGCUUUCAACUCACUCUCUGUUGGAACACACCGACGUUGCUGUGCUUCUCGACAAUGAGGCCAUCUAUGAUAUCUGCAGACGAUCUCUCGACAUUGAGCGCCCGACUUACACCAACCUUAACAGACUUGUUUCUCAGGUGAUUUCCUCAUUGACUGCUUCUUUGAGGUUCGAUGGUGCAUUGAAUGUGGAUGUGACUGAGUUCCAGACUAACUUGGUCCCGUACCCGAGAAUCCAUUUCAUGCUUUCCUCUUACGCUCCCGUCAUCUCAGCUGAGAAAGCAUACCAUGAACAGCUCUCUGUUGCUGAAAUCACCAACAGUGCUUUUGAGCCCUCAUCUAUGAUGGCCAAGUGUGAUCCCCGUCAUGGAAAGUAUAUGGCUUGCUGUUUGAUGUACCGUGGAGAUGUUGUCCCCAAGGAUGUUAACGCUGCAGUUGCUACCAUCAAGACCAAGCGUACCAUUCAGUUUGUCGACUGGUGCCCAACUGGAUUCAAGUGCGGUAUCAACUACCAGCCACCCACUGUUGUUCCUGGCGGCGACCUUGCUAAGGUGCAGAGAGCUGUCUGCAUGAUUUCAAACUCGACCAGUGUUGCUGAGGUGUUCUCCAGAAUUGACCACAAGUUUGAUCUCAUGUAUGCCAAGCGUGCUUUUGUUCACUGGUAUGUCGGUGAGGGUAUGGAGGAAGGAGAAUUCUCUGAGGCUCGUGAGGAUCUUGCUGCUCUCGAGAAGGAUUAUGAGGAAGUUGGCGCUGAAUCGGCUGAGGGCGAUGAUGAUGAAGGUGAAGAUUAUUGAGUGCCUUAGCUUAGUUUCUUAUACUAUCGAUCCUGUGUGUGUUUUGAUUGUUAUCUGUUAUGAACCUAUGCUCUAAACUUUGAAGCUAUCUUUGCUUCAGUAUCCGUAAUCAGACUUGAUGAAUAUUCACUUGCCUUUUCA